CCACAACAAACUCGCUCCUCCCACGUUGCACGCACCGAAACAACGUCGAUCAGCUGACUGCUGUCGUGUCGGUUCCGUUUCAGUUUUUCCGUUGCGUCUGCCAAAUCCCCCAAAACCCUGCACCCCAAGCCCUUAAAAACCGAUCAAAACGUGCGUGAAAUGUUUCGAAUGUUCCCGAGCUCUCUCCGGCCUCUGUGAACCCCAAAAAAAAAUCACCAGGCCCUCGGUUUUCGCGACUCGUUGUCCGCCCACCACCGGAGGAAAAAAAAUCAUGAGAGGCCCUCGGGAGAACCCCUCGCCCUCGAUUUAACCCCGAAAGCGAAUAUUCUCGUCGCGCUUACGAUUCCCUCGCGGUCAAGAUGAAGAAGAUGGUGAGACCGUCGUACUCUAACCCCAUAAGCUGCUUCCUCUCGCGUCAAGUAGAGGACAGAGUGGACUACUGCAAGCGUUUGGUCGACGAGAGGCUCGACAAAUCGAAAAACCUGUUCAGAAAGGACUUGCUGUCGCACUACGGCUGUGUCAAUGCCAUUGAGUUCCUCAAGGAUGGCGAUCUGAUUGUCUCUGGGGGCGAUGACAGGCGAGUGCUCCUGUGGAAGGUCCAGCAAGCCCUCCAGGGGGUCGGACCGCCCGUGGCCAUGAGGGCACACCAUGGCAGCAACAUCUUCUGUCUGGGGUACGACAGCAGCAACUCAAAAAUAUUCUCAGCUGGCAACGACGAUCAGGUCAUUGUCCACGACAUGGAGACUGGCGAUCCUGUGGACUUUUUUCUGCACGAGAAACCGGUGUAUGGGCUCAGCAUUCAUCCGGUGAAUGAUCAUGUUUUCGCGAGUGCCUGUGACGAUGGGAGGGUUCUGGUUUAUGAUAUCAGGGAGCCCAGUGGGCAUGAGCCUUUCUGCUUGGCGCAGUACAAGACACCUUUUCAUUCGGUCAUGUUUAACCCGGUGGAGCCCAGGACACUGGCCACUGCCAAUGCUGAGGAGGGGGUCAGCCUGUGGGAUGUCAGGAAACCUUUGGAGCCAGUUUUGCGUUACGGAUUCGAUGGACCAACUCAGAGUUGCAUGAAUGUCAGGUUCAACUCGGCUGGAACGAGAUUGCUGGCAUUGAAACGGAGAUUACCCCCUGUUUUAUACGGAGUCGAUUCCCCCGCAGUUCUGUGUCAUUUUGAUCAGCCUGGGUACUACAACAGCUGCACCAUGAAGUCCUGUUGUUUCGCUGGGAGAGAUGAGUCUUAUGUUCUGUCAGGCUCUGACGACUUCAACCUCUACGUAUGGAAAAUACCAAAGGACGACGUGACCUGGGUGGAGUCUGCUCACAUGAUACUGCGCGGACACAGGUCAAUAGUCAAUCACGUUCGAUACAAUCCGAGGCACUGCAUCCUCGCGUCGUCUGGGGUUGAGAAAAUUAUCAAAGUGUGGAGUCCAUUCUCGCUCGGAAAGGGAUGCAUGGGAGGGCUCAGACAAUCAGAUGGCAAACUGGAGAAACAACGUCGUGUCUUCACCCACGAGGAGUACCUCCGGCUGGUCCUCCAGAGUGGUCAAAUAAUGACCCACGACUACAGCCACCAGUCCACAAAAGAAGACCCCAGAAUGAUGGCCUUCUUCGACAAUCUGGUGCAGCGUGAGAUCGAGGGUUGGGGCUCUGAGGACACCCCCUCGACCCACAGGAGUCCCAGUGACUCUGAAAACACUCCCUCAAACGAUCGACAUCAUAAUGGAACAGAUUCUGAUGACUCAACAGCCUCAGACACCCACUUAAUGCGCAGUGUCCUUGGCGCAAAAACCUGCUCAAGAGACACAUCGAGUGGUGGAGUGGCCCCAGAGCGUCCCUUCGGCUCUCCAAACCGCAUAACCAGGCUAAUCCGCAGCUGUCGUGACAAACUCCUGCGCCUGGCAGCCCUGGAGAACGGGUCAAUAGCCAGCAGAACCCAGAAAUUCCUCCACAAGUCCAAGGAGCACUCCUCAGGACCCAUCAGUGACUCCGAGGAGAGCUCUCCCCCUCCAAAAACCACCCUGAAACUGCGAUUGAAAGGGGUAAAACGAAAGCAGAGCAGAGUAUCGAGCUGCAGGAGUAAAAUAAGAAGGAAAUGCUCGAUUCCGAAGGCUCAGAGUGACUCUGACUGCGAUUUGGAGCCCCUCCCAGGGCCGAAUCGAAGGAAAAACGAGGGGGAUGAGGUUGUGGACACGACCCAACCCAGCACGAGCACUGGGGUCAGCUCCAGGGGCACCAGGUGGUCCAGGAAAUUGUCUGGGGACAGCGAUCCUGGCGGCUCGAACGUCAGCAGUGACGAGGAGACAACAGUGAGGAAACAGAGUGGGGCUGAUGGGUCUGGCUCCAACAAACGCCCUGGCAGGUGCAAAGGCGGGGGUGAGGGACGUGGAGGUGGGGUCAAUGGGGCUAGGAACGAUGUGACUCCUCUCAAGAGGGUCAGGAAGGUGCCUCCAACGCCGGACAGUGGCAUUCAGUCUGGGCUGUCCACUCUGGAGAAGUCCAGGUGCAAUGGCAAUGGCGGGAGCUCUGACGAGAGGAGCCCGCAGAGCAUUGAGAGGUUCAGGAAGAGGGUCGACUCCGCCAGGAGGGGCUACAGGAAGAGGGCCAGGCUGGAGGAGAGUGCCAGCGAUUCUUCGGAUUGAGAAUGUCAUUUUGAUUAAUUACUUGCUCCCUUUUUUGCCAUGUGUUGGAAAUCGUUUUGUUGGAUUUAGUUGGUCGAUACUUUACAAGUUUGUGCAGCUGAAUGUUGCGGACAGAAAGGAUGAGCGUUAGAGAUUCUAGGAAAUAAGUUUGUGAGAAUCAAAGGGGGAUGAGGAAGUGAUGGUGAUAUUUGACGAGGUGUUUUUUUUCUAAUCUGGUUGAGUUGGGGCCAGGGUGGAUUAUUUUUGAAACGUUAUCUUGAUUGUUUUUUUUAUUUUUAUUGGGUGAAGUGAUCUCCAAUUGUCAUUCAGUUUUACAUAUAGUCCAACCAAAACUUCUUUUAUUGCAUGAACUUAGUUUCAGGUAACGAAUUUUUAUGGUUUCUAUUGUCAAAUUGUUGAUUUGUCAAUGAAAACAAAGGAAAACCAUUUUUUCCAAAGGGAAAAUAAAUGUUGGCCCGACUAUAGCCCUGGAGCCUCCAAAAAUUAUGAUUGUACAAUCAAAGAAACGUUGGAAGAUACCUGAACAUUUUCAAAGAGCGGUUUUGAAGA